CAUUCUUCACCGGAUAUCCGCUCUGUUCAGUCUGUCCGCCACACGUGCAAAGCGCAAACACUGAGCAGCGUGUUUUUCAGCGUUUUUGGAUAGAAAUACGAACUUUAAAACAUUCUUCACCUUUGAGGAGACAAGAAAAGCGUCGGAUCAAGAUGUUUCUGCAGUAUUAUUUGGACGAAAAUGGCGACAGAGUCUACACGCUAAAGAAAUUGGCUCCAGAUGGUCAGCCCACCAGUUCGGCACAUCCAGCUAGAUUUUCUCCUGACGACAAAUUUUCCAGACACAGGGUGACGCUAAAGAAAAGAUUUGGACUCCUUCUCACUCAGCAACCCAAGCCUGUUCUGUAAGAUGAGGGAGGAGGAGGAAGGGAAGAGCACAGAGGAGCGAUAGAGAAGAGAUGGAUAUGCGAGGAAAAAAGACUUGAACAUCAAUCUACUGCGACUCGUGAAGAUGACCAUACCAGGAGUUGGCAUAGAGCUGCCAAAAUGAAAUGAGGAUUUAUUUAGUUUUAAACCCUUUCAGUAAUAUGUCUGUUUUACUUUGUUUAAAAUAAGGUCUUCACUUUUUCUAAUAAAUAUGAGUGCUGAAAUA